AUGGAGAUUUGUCCUGCAUUGUGUGGCUGGACGAGCGACGACGACGCGUGGACCGGGAGCGCGACCGUGAGAGACGCGGUGAAGCCAUUUGGGGCCUCGAAGCUCGUGGCUCUCGAGGAGUGGAGAGAAGAAGUGCUCUAUGUCCUCCAGUCGGUUCGGCAGGAAUUCGCCUUUAGUAACCGCGCUCUUGUUAAAGUAAGCGCGGAUACAUCGACGACAACGCGUCGACUUGUAGAGCGGUUUGAAUAUAAGAGCAAUCGCGUGGCCCACGUCAGGUUCGAAUCGACAGGCAUUCUCUACCGGGACUGUGUCCUUGAAUUUUGUAUGGGAAAUACACAGUUGAAACUGGACAUCGCACGGGACAAAGAGGGCGAAGUGAAGGGACUGUACAAGACAUUGGUACUUUUGGGACAAAAGCAAGACGAGAAUGACCGCGAGUGGGAAUUGGUUCAACAAGCUGUUACUUCAACGCGAGAGACCGUCCGUCUCUCGGGCGACGGGACAAUCGGACGAGACACUGAAGUGGAUGAAAGUUCACUACGAACGGACGCAUCCGCAGUGUUACAAGGCACUCAUUACGAGCGUGUUCGAGGCUGGGCGUGCAGAGAGGAACGAAGCAGGAUAUAUCAAGACAUUAUUGGCACCUCAAGAGGGUAG